CUACCACGACUUGCUCCUUCUUCUUCUUCUUCUUCUUCUUGUCCACAGCCGUGUAUCCUUCCUGACGAUAGCAGUGUCCAUUGGUCCCACCAUGUCAUCCUCAGCUGCAUCUUUUGCGCCAUACCAGCCUCCGCCAGACGAGCACCCCGGCCGCACCAAAGUCAAUCUAUCCGCACCUCCCCCCAUCUCGCAAGCUCCUGCCCGGAAUUCCAGUGAUCAGCAGGGCGAAUACUACCAAGAUGACGACGAUGAUCCCCGCUAUGCUACAGAGUCCUACCAGUCCGGGACGGCUUCCUACUCUCAACAUCACCAGCAGCACCAGCAGCAAUAUCACCACCAGCAGAGGUAUCAGGAUGACCCUUCGUACUCGGCAGGGGCCACUGCCGCUUCACCCUUUCAACCCGCUUAUGAGCAACAACAGCGCUAUCGAGGUGGACAAGGAGGGGUACAGCCAGAUCAUGCCAGCUGGGCAACCUCUCAGGGCGUCAGCAUCUCGACCUUGUGCUUUGCUGCCUGGGCACUGCCUCCGUUCAGUAGCGUCGCUGUACUGAUCAUGGAGACGACAAAUGACCUCGCCCGCUUCCACGCCUAUCAGUCAGGCUUGUGCGGUGUGAUAGCCAUCAUCUCCCUCUAUAUUCUCCGGCAUUGGUUUGGCUGGUACACUCUGAGCAUCAUCUGUGGAAUGGGAGCACUGGGAGCUUCAUGGGUGGCUGGAUCAAAUGCUCACAGGGCGGCCCCGACGCUGGAGAAGACGCCAUACCUACCCCGUCUAGGCCCCCUUGCGGAAGAAUGGGUCGGAGCAGAGUAACGCAGCGUCGCCCUCCUUCAGUCCGUCUGUUCCUCUAUAUUAAUGUAGAUACCGCUACCAGUAAUGUCUGCUUCUUGCUAUCUCGACCCUCCACGUCUUCCUUGAU